AUGGCAAUACAUAACUUUGAUCUACCAAAUUCUGAGCAACUAAUUCAUCUACUUGUUACACUAACUUCACUUUUGUCUUUACCUAGUUUAAGAGUUGAAUAUUUAGAAACAGAACUGGAGCUCUAUAAAAAUUCAGGUACUAGCCCUUUGUGGCUAGUGCUUAAAUAUCCUCUGCAGCAGCAUUCAAAGCAGAUUGAAGAUUCAGAGAUAAAUGAAGUGCAGCCUGAAAUUCAGCAGCCCAAGAAAAAACAGAAAACCAUGUCUUUCUCCUGGCUUCUUAUGAGUGAAGAGUCAUUGUGCUUGUUGAGGGAAGCGGAGGAAGAUGCGGAAAGA